AUGAAUAAUUUAAGAGCAUUACUAUUUAAAAUCUAAAAUUCCUAUAUUCAUUUAGGAUAAUACAAAGGACUGUGUUUAGAAUUUGAUGAAAGUAUGAAUGAUCUAAUAAGAAUUACUUGCAUAUUUGUCUGGCUCGGAGACCAUCGACCAUUUCUUAUUGAGAAAAUUAAUUGUGGAGAUGGAGAAAGAACGAUUUGGAUCAACAAUAACGAUAACUAAGGCUCUUCAACAACUGAGUAAGAUUAGACAGAAUGA